AAAGGCUCGCGCCGGCCGCGCGGCCGCUCACAGGAUCAGCGGCGGGAUAAGCCAACCCCCACCCUGCUUGCGCCUCGUUCGGUGAAGACGUGCGCGUUCCGGCGAAGGACCCCCCGCGCCCUCCCCCCCUCGCCCCCCUUCCCUCCCAUCAGUCUGCCCGCCGAUGAGAUUCUUCAAGCUGACGUUCAAGUGUUUUGUGGAUUGUUUCUGAAUCUCGACGUCGGAACACUUUGGACGUUUUGUUUGGGUUUGAUUCUUCUGGAACGUUGCCACUUUGAUUUGAUUGACGGCUGACACUCGAGAGGAGAAAGAGAGAGGGAGGGAGAGAACGAGAGAGAGAGAGAAAGAGAGGGGCAAAAAAAAAAAGCUUUUGGAUAUUUUUGACCGAGCGCCUUUUUAAUUGAUGGACAGGCAGACUGCGCCGCCCGUCUCCUCCACCUGCUCGCUGCUGCCCCCGGAGGAGGCCAGCAGGAGUCAGCUCGGGGGAGGGCCGAUGGCGGCGGCGGCUGCGGCGGCCAGCCCGAACGGACCCGGGACGGCCGGAGCCGGAGCCGGAGCCGAGGGCAAAAAAGGCGGCGUGGUCGUGGGGCCGCCGCCGGUGCGUCAGGAGCGCGAGACGUGGAGCAGACAGAUGGACUUCAUCAUGUCGUGCGUGGGCUUCGCGGUCGGCCUGGGGAACGUCUGGAGGUUCCCGUACCUGUGCUACAAGAACGGAGGAGGCGUCUUCCUCAUCCCGUACCUGCUGAUCGUCUUUGUGGGCGGGGUGCCCAUCUUCUUCCUGGAGAUCUCACUGGGUCAGUUCAUGAAGGCGGGAAGCAUCAACGUGUGGAACAUCGCACCGCUAUUCAAAGGUCUGGGCUAUGCGUCCAUGGUGAUCGUGUUCUUCUGCAACACGUACUACAUCAUGGUGCUGGCGUGGGCCUUCUACUACCUCAUCAAGUCGUUCAGCAGCCAGCUGCCGUGGUCCUCCUGCGGCAACCCCUGGAACACCAACAGCUGCGUGGACGCCUUCAGCCUCCACCAAUGCAACAACGCCAGCGACAACGCCACCAUCGCCGGCAGCAACCUCACCUGCGCCCACGUGGCCCAAGCCAGAUCGCCCAUCAUCGAAUUCUGGGAAAAUAAGGUUCUGAACAUCUCAUCGGGCUUGGACGAUCCGGGUCAAAUCAACUGGGAGUUACUGUUGUGUCUGAUGGCCGUGUGGCUGCUCAUCUACUUCUGUGUGUGGAAAGGCGUCAAAUCGACCGGAAAGAUCGUGUACUUUACGGCCACCUUCCCGUACGUGGUGCUGAUCAUCCUGCUGGUCCGCGGAGUCACGCUGCCCGGAGCGUACGACGGCAUCAUGUACUACAUCAAGCCCGACUGGUCCAAGCUGGAGGAGGCCCAGGUGUGGAUCGACGCCGGCACCCAGGUGUUCUUCUCCUACGCGAUUGGUCUGGGAGCGCUGACGGCUCUGGGCAGCUACAACCGCUUCAACAACGACUGCUACAAAGACGCCUUCGUGUUGGCGCUGAUCAACAGCGGGACCAGCUUUUUUGCCGGCUUCGUGGUCUUCUCCAUCCUGGGCUUCAUGGCGGCCGAGCAGAGCGUGGACAUUUCGCAGGUUGCCGAGUCAGGUCCUGGUCUGGCAUUCAUCGCAUAUCCAAAGGCGGUCAGUUUGAUGCCAGUGGCGCCAUUGUGGGCAGGACUCUUCUUUUUCAUGCUCCUGCUGCUUGGUCUGGACAGUCAGUUCGUGGGCGUCGAAGGUUUCGUGACGGGCAUCCUGGAUCUGUUCCCCGGCAAAUACGAACACCGCUACAAGAGGGAGAUCGCCGUCGCCCUCUGCUGCUUGCUGUGCUUCAUCAUCGACAUCUCCAUGGUGACGCAGGGAGGAAUGUACGUCUUCCAGUUGUUUGACUACUACUCAGCCAGCGGGAUGACGCUCCUGUGGCAGGCCUUCUGGGAAUGCAUGGUGGUGUCGUGGGUCUACGGCGCCGACCGCUUCAUGGACGACAUCGCGCGUAUGAUUGGCUACAGGCCGCUGCCCUGGAUGAAGUGGUGCUGGUCCUUCAUCACGCCGUGCGUGUGCAUGGGCAUCUUCCUGUUCCAUCUGGUCAACUACAAGGCGCUGACGUACAACAACACGUACGCGUACCCGUGGUGGGGAGAAGUCAUUGGCUGGUGUCUGGCGCUCUCGUCCAUGUUGUGCAUCCCGCUCAGUCUGGCCUACAAACUCUUCCGCGCCAAAGGCUCCUUCGCACAGCGCUGGGCUCGCCUGACCAGCCCGGUGUGGGGGAGCCACCACCUGGAGUACAUGGCGCCCGACGUCAAGCCGCUCAGCUCGCUUUCGCCCACCAGCGAUGACAACAAAGUUAUCAUCUUCGAGAGCGUCAUGUGACACCGAACGUCAGCCUGCUCGCUCACUCGCACUUUAUCACGCUCGUCUUCUUGUCUGACCCGCCAAAUUGAAAACACUGUGAAGCAUCUGGUCCUGCUCCAAAACCAGUACCGGGAACCCCACCUAGCAGUCCAGAAAGAAAAUACCAGCACUGGAAGACAAAAAGAGUGGUCGUACGCGUUGCCUUAUGCUGUUGUCUCAAUGCCAUUCGUUGUUCACCAGCCAAUCAGCAGACUUUUCUUUUGUUGAUGCAAAAAAGGGAUUUUGUUGUUGUUGGUUUAAAGGAGACAUAUGUUCACCCCACACACACACACACACACACACACACAAUGUAAAAGUGUUACUCGGCAUUGAAAGAAAAUUUGUCAAAAUGCCCCUUGAAACUA